AUGCCAGUGGAAGUAGCAGAAGCAGGAGGGUCACUCUCCCCACCUCCCAGACAACCUUCACUCUCACCCGAUAGGAAUCGAGAUAGAGACGAAGCGGGACCAUCAAAGAGACCUAGGAAUAAUGUAUUGGAUCAACAGCGUAGGCAGGUUGAGAAAUUACUUGCCAAUCCUGACCGCGAGAUAAACAUCAACGUAGGAACCAAAGAGAAAACCCUCAGAGCUCCGAGGGAAAUGAUGAAGAACGUUCAAGGUUCUUCGGCAGGUGCUGGAUCAGGUGAAUUCCACGUUUACAAACAAUCUAGGAGGAGGGAAUAUGAGAGAUUGAAAAUCAUGAACGAUAAAGCUAGAGCUGAAGAAGAACAUGCCGCUUUCCUCGCACGUCAAGCCGAACGGGAUGCCCUAGCAGACGCCAAAACAGCCAAGAACCGAGCUAAACGUCAAAAGAGGAAACAGGGUCGUAAAGGUGAACCAGGUGGCUCAGCUACUCCUGAUAUACCACAACCGGAAGGAGUGGGACUCGGAAAGAGGAAACUGGCUGGAGGAGCUAGUGUCAAAUUUAAGAAACCAGGUGAAGAAUCUGAAUCAGAUGAUCAACAAGAAGAAGAUGGGGAAGAAGAGGAGGUUGGUCCAAAAUUGACUGUACCCAUCCCUGAGAUAUCACAGGUGCAGGAUGUACCGAAAGUAGAAGAGAAGAGAAUAACUAUUGUAGAUGAAGAUUAA